AUGGACAAAGUUAAAAAACCAAAAGCGAAAUUUUGGCUUCACGAUCCGCUUUCCUCUUCUCAACGUAUAAUGCAUAUGGCACGAACUUUUCCUCCCGAAGUACUCCCAUUAAUAGUAAUUGUUACUGCGGGUCUGACGGGAGGUAUAGUGGCUAUGGCGCAUAAAUUACAUACUGAUAAUCAAUUAAGAAAUAAAAUUUUAUCUUUUUAA